UUCUCGUCCGUGCUGAUUCUGGCCGCACUGGCCAUGUUCUCAAUGCGACGGCUCGGCUCGAUGGCCGGCGCAACCAAUUCUAUCUGCUGUGAUUGUCCACCGCACCGCCGACAUGGACACAACCGAACACAAUAUCGCUCGCAUGUGCUUGAUGCAUACUCAACCCUGCAACGUGCGGCACAUCGCAUCGCAUCGCGCAACACAUCUCCCACACACCAAAUCACAUCACACCACAUCACAUCUCACACCAUGCCACGUUUGACGAACUGGAUCCAAUCUCCAUCCGCCCAAUCCUCGCAUCUUGGUCGCGAUCGACGGGGCUGGAUCUGGAACAACAUGCUGGCACUCGACGGUGCGCUGUGGCGUCCGAACCCGAACCUGGCUGAUGUCUGUGACUGGAUCGACUUGGUGGCGGCUCGUCGGCAACGGCGGUCGGCAACGGCGGUCGGCAAUCAACAUCCUGCGGCCGACAGCGAGGAAAGCGGUGUCGGUGGGCAGUGUCUGGCGACGGCAAUCAGCCAGCCAUUCACAUCGUACGGCUGGAAGCAGUUCCCCGGAAUGCAGCGUGAGUACCCAUGGAUGCUCAACAGUCUGGUGUCUCCAAACGAGUCUCUCGGUGCGAGUCUGCAGCCUGGCUGCUGGUUGCUGUGGUUGUGGUUGUGGCUAUGGUUUUGGUUGAGACUGUGCACUGGCUGUGGUGCAGGAGCACUGCGAAGGUGUCGGUGACAUUGGUCUGGUCUGGUCUGGUCCU